AUGCACAAGAUAUCCAACUUUACGGGCCAGGCCCGUCAUGGUUGGGAACGAAUGACGCCGACUUUCGGGAUGUCCAGACCUCACACCGACAUGGCCUUUCGCCGACCACACGGUGCGCCGCCGAUGACGCCGCCGACGAGCAUCGACCCUACCGUCAACCUGUCCUUCAACGUCCCAUUUUCAUCGACCCUAGCCGGUCCCGAUGUCGAGGACGUGCUCCACGCUAGCCCCGGCGCCCUCCAGCGCUGGACCUUCCCAGAAGGGACCCCAGAAGGAACCUCUGUGCAUCAACUACCCGUACACACGAAUAAUGUCGAGGGCCUUCAACGAUUAUGCCGGAAGAUCACGGAGGAAAAAGGUGGACGGGUGGAAGCCACGCUCACGACCUCGGAGGCCAAGGCUGUGCCCUCGCUACAACGCCGCCCAAAUGGUUUGGUGACGAAUGUUUGUGUUACUGGAGAUGGAGAAAUGGCGCGCAAGAUGCGGGCGAAAAUCUUGAACGAGACACCGAUCAUGCUGCGAUGUGCGACCGUCGAUGUUGACAUGCACCUUAUCAUGGAUGCCUCGCCAAAGGGCAUCAGAGCCAGCGUGCUGGACCACCUCGAUACCUUGGCUGCCUACACCGGAGCCGAUAUCUUCCUGCUAACCCCCAAGCUCCACGAUGCGGAUAGUGCGGUUGUGUCAUCCUACGGUUACGCCUCAGACAACGGUCUGGACCAGCGAUUCCGAGUGGCCAUUUACGGUGACUUGGAGAGCUCGGAGCAUGCCAAAACGAGAGUAUUGAUCAUGAUUGACCAAAUCCUCAAACGCCACGUGGACGCUAUCAAACUCGACUCGACGAUGCACACCUUGGUCUGUGGCCGCACUCGCAAGAACAUCAAGCUUAUCGAGGCCGCUACCGGCACCGCGAUCUACUUCCCCCUCCAUUCCCCCAAAUCUUCGGCUAUAUUCCGCCCGAUUGCUCGUGCUAAGCAGAAGCUGCGCGAACUGGUGAUGGGCGUGAAGAUCUUUGUGAAGGAUGUGGUUGUCAGCUCUAGCAAGAUCGACAACAUCUUGCUCGACCGUCUGGAUAAGGUGCGAAAGGUGAUGGAGAUGAACGGAUCCUACGUGCUGUUCCCCCAGCUGGGAAGCCAGCGAGGCCUCGUUCGAAUCCAAGGCACUGAGGUGCUGCACGUUGAGCGCACCGUCAGGGAAAUCAUGGCACUUGCUGGGCAAUUCUACAGUGCUUCUUGGUGGAUUAUUAUGACCGAUCCCGCCCAAGGGGGCCUUCGAGCUCCCUCGACUGCCGACAUUCGCUCCAUGCUAUCGGAUAUCUGCACUAACUCCGAAGCCGAGGUUAGCUUUGACAAUCUGACUUUCACGAUCAACGGCUCCGAUGAUGCCGUAAAGGCCGCUAUGACAGUCAUCAAUCAGAUUCCCUUCGUCAUGCGCAGCCAAUACCAGAUGCGUGUGAAGAUCGAGCUUGCCAACGAGCACAAGGAGUUCGUGAGCGGCAAGAAGAACGGCAAGAUCAACAAGAUCAUGGGCCAGAGCAAUGUCCAGAUCAUCUUCGACGGCUUCAACGAGUACAACUUCUACAUCGACGUGUGCGGCAACCAGUACGAAUCGACCAAGAACGGUCUCGACCUUGUUGAGCAGGAAAUGCCCGCUUCUAUCUCAUUCCACGUGCCCGAUCAAUACCACAAGCGGAUCAUUGGAAUUGGUGGUCAGCACAUUCAACGCAUCAUGAAGAAGUACUCUGUCUUCGUGAAGUUUUCCAACGCUAUGGACCGUGGUGGUAUGGGCAAGGAAGAUGACGACAUCAAGGUUGACAACGUUAUCUGCCGGACCCCUGCUCGCAACGCCCAGAGCUUGGACCUCGUCAAGCAGGAGAUUAUGGACAUGGUUGAGAAAGUGGACGCCGAAUACGUCUCCGAGCGGGUCGUUAUCAACCGCUUGUAUCACCGUGAGCUCCUAGCCCGUAUGACUGAGAUCGAUGAGCUGGAGAAAAAGUGGAACUGCAAGAUUGAGUUCCCUAGUACGGAACUUGCCAGCGAUGUUGUCACCAUUUCUGGCCCUGAGUACCAGGUUCCUCAGGCGGUCGACGCUUUGCUUGGAAUGGUCCCAGAAAGCCACGAGCUUCACUUCCAGAGCUCGGUGGAGCUUCAGGACUACUUCAAAUGCCCCGAUUUCCUUGCAGAUGUUCGAACCAAGCUCAAGGAGCAGUAUGAGGUUGAUAUCAACGUUGACGUUGGCACCGACCUCCCCACUACUGCAGAGGAAGGCUCCGGAUCUUCCUCUCCCGUCCCCGGUCCCGAAGACCGUGUGGUUCUUGGUUACACCCGCAACAACGCCGGUGGACUGAAGGACGCGAUCGAUUUCCUGAUUUCCCGCCUCGUUGCGCACGGUCUCGACGCCAACACCGUCAAGGGAGCAAUCCCCCGUCCCAAAUCUGACUCGUUCGAAGAGUCUCUACCAUUCUUCGACUCAAAGUUGUUGCAGCACGCUCCUGCGCCCCUCUCCACCGACUCGCCCACUCGGCCCAACUUCUCCGACGAAACCAGUGAGCGGGGAUCGAUCUUCGAGCGCCUCCGCAAGCCCGGCAGCAUCUCGUCUUUCUCCUCGUUCAUUGGCCGCAAGAACCACUCCGCCUCGCCGGGUUCGUUCUUCAAGCACGCAUCGAGCAACGCCUCCAAGGCCUCGCUCGUCUCCAUGGAGUCGCGUGACAGCGGCUACCGCAACCCAUGGAAUGACUCUGGCGUGAACCUCCCCGAGGACGACGUGCCAGUCCUCGGCAGUUCACACAGCCACAAGAGCAGCAACAGCAAUGGCUGGCCCACGCGUUUCGACGCCAAGUUUCCCUUCGGCACUGCGCCCGGUGACAUGACGCCUAAGCAUGACCCGCGCACCUCUUUUGACAGUGGUCGUCCUAGCACUUCCAAUUCUACUUCUGGAUACCCGGCCCCAAUUGGGCCACCGCGUUAA